AUGUGGCGCCUUCUUCCAGCUCGUCGUGGGUGGCGGCUCCGGCACAGCGGACACGCGCUUCGCUUCGCGGCCCGGCGCUUCGCGGCACACGCGGACAUUGCGGCCUCCGAGACGACGACGAGCUUGCUCAAUCAGAUCCAAGGGCGCCAGGGCACGGGCACGUUGCAGAGCUCCACCGGCGGUCUCCUGCGGCUCACCAUGCAGGGGGACGUCUCAGUAGGUCAAGGCCUUCGAAUUGGCGAGACGCCAGCGGUGGUUGUACGCUUCGACAAGACUGGCGUGGUUGCCGCCGCGCUCUCAUCGGAUGUGGACAUCGGGGACCAAGUGACUUCCUGUGGCACUUUAGCUUUGCAGUCUCGCACCUGGCCAACCACGCCGGUCGUGACUAGCCUGUCGGAGCUGGUCUCGCCCGCGGGCAAGCCAGAGGAAAGCUUGCUGAAGCUGCCUGCACAACAGGUCUCCAAGCGGCUGCCCAUUUCUCGCCAUUGCCCCAGCGGCUUGGCCCCGGUGGAAGCGCUGCUGCCACUGGGGGAAGGACAACGCGUGGGCCUGGUUGGCCCCGCAGGGGCUGGGAAGAGCACGGCGCUGCGGAUGUUGGUUGCUGCUCAGGCACCAUCCACUGCAGUGGUGCUGGUGGCACACCGCUCGCGCGCCCGCCUGGAGUCCGAGCUAUGCCACCUCACAGACCGACAAGCUCCAUUGUUGGCCUUAGCCGCCGAGCCCUUUGCACCCGCGCCCGAGCGCUACUUCCUCCUCCUGGCUGCCCUACGCUUGGCGGUCGAUCUCUCCAAUGUCCACUCGCAUGUGCUCCUUUGCGUGGAUGAUGCGGUGGGCUUUGCAGAGGCCGCGCAGGAACUCGGCGUGCCGCCCUUGUCUGCCCCCCAAGUAAUCGCUUCCACACUGGAAGCGGCCGGCUGCGGCACGACGCCAUGCGCCGCGGGCGGAGUCCCGCGCGCGAUGACGGUGGCCAUGGCGCUAGACGUGUCUCCGGAGGAUGACCUUGCCCUGGUGCCACGUGAGCUGUGGCGCUCUGCAGAGCCUUCACUGGAUGUGUGCUUGAAGUUCAGCCAUCAGCUCGCCAGCAAAGGGGUGUUUCCGGCCAUUGACCUGGACGUCUUGAACGUCACCUUCGGCCCCACCUACCAGCCAGCCGUGCUGCGCCAGCUCCGGCAUGAGCUCCAGCGCUUGCUCCAGCGUAGCGCUCGGCUGCGGGAGAAACUGGCCACGGGGCGAGACCUGGGUUUCCAGGCCGAGUUGGAGGAGGUCGACACCUUGGGCAGCGACACGGUGGCCAGAUCCUUGCUGGCACAACAACAUGUGCCCAAAUCGCUGAGGGAGGUGGUGGUUUUGACCUGCGCCAGUGUAGUCUUCUACUUCCCGCACCAGAAGCCCUCCAGCUCGUCAAUUCAACAAUUCCAGUCUGAGAUUGUUGAGCUGAUUCGAAGCUAUUACCCUGCGAUUUGGGAGGCUUUGGACCAAGACCUUGAUGACGAAGAGGCUCGCAAGCUCUUACAGGACUUGGGCGAGGCCCUCGUGGCCCAGUACCGAGCACGCCCGCAAUUGAGGAUCAUUCCAUUCCGCGGGGGUCUGAUUCAGGAAGAAAAACGGUCCAAAGACUACAAGGAACUGUUUCCACCAGAUCGCUACGCCGUUUCCUCCCAGCCAGAUCGGGGUGAUCUCUCGGCCAUCGACGGGGAUGUGGAAGUGAUUUUCUUUGACUUUGACGGCACCUUGACGGAGACCCCGGGCACUCGGGCGUCCCACGCGUCGAAGAUGGCCGAGCUGAAUGCCAGGACUUCUUUGUUGCGACCUCGCCUUGAGCGCUUGAGGGAGGCUGGUCUCAUGUUGGCGGUGGUCUCCAAGAGCACCGAGCAGACCAUUUGCAGCGCGCUCCAGGAGACAGGAUUGAUGGAGUUGAUCAAUGGCCCCAUUAUCGGCAAGGCUGCACAGUUGGACGGCAAGGCUGGUGUGAUCCAGUGCCUCUACGAAGAGGGCGGCAGCCUUGAGCAUUUAGGCGCUGAAGCCUGGGCAAAGGCACUGCUCAUCGACGAUGACAUCUCUGAGCUGGUUUGGGCCCGUGACAUCGGUAUGCAGACAUUCGCUGCUCCACCGCAGGGCGGGUUGCAAGAGGACGACUUCGACGAGCUCUUCCGGGCCUUGGGCCUCGAGGGCGACGACGAGCAGAGGGACAUGGACCCCACCACGCCGCUGGCGCAGCCGCGCAAUCGCCGCUCGCGACGGCCGGUGAAGCUGGAGGAUAUCGCCUUCGAGGAAGAAGAGAUCCGCAGCCUUUGGGCCCAGGGCUUGGUCGGGCAGAGCCUCAACUUGCCGACCACCUGCGCACAGAAACACUACGACAAGGAUGAGGUGGCGCCCAAGCUCAUCGACCACUAUGACAUCACAGAGGAACUUGGACAAGGCUCCUUUGGUACCGCCUAUGUGGGCCACUAUCGAUCCAGCAGUCUGCAGUGUGCAGUGAAGCUGCUGGAUCGAGAACAUGUUGGACAGCACUACCACAAGAACUUUGUGGAGCGCGACACUAUCUCACUCCUCCUCCAGAUGGCCCGGGAGUCGCCCCACCCCAAUGUGGUGCAGCUCUUGGACUCGGUGAUGAGCGACGCGCACUUCUUUGUGGUGAUGGAGCUCUUGGAAGGUCCAGACCUUUUUGAACACCUCACGAGCUACGGAACGGGACUCUCCCUGACGGAAGAGCAUGCCCGGGUUCUGAUCAAGAAUUCGCUCUCGGCGUUGGCACACAUCCACUCCGUGUGCGACGUGGGCAUCAUCCAUCGCGACGUGAAACCAGAGAACUUGCGCUUUCGGAGCAAAGAUCCCAAGUCCGAGUUAGUCCUCGUCGAUUUCGGGCUUUGCUGCCCUGCCACUGAUGUGGAAAGAAGAACCAUCGUGGGUUCCUUGCUCUACGUCGCCCCGGAGGUCUUCUCAAGGAAAUAUGGUACCAAGGCGGAUUUGUGGUCCAUCGGAGUGGUCAUGUAUAUCCUUCUCACGGGCCGUCCACCUUGGAGACAGAACUGCAACGUGGGCUUUGUGCCCAGCAAGAAGGUGUUAAAUGGCGAUGCGGCCCACGCCGCCCUGUGUGCCAAGGAGCUGGAGGGGCUGCCUGACGCCUUGUCGCUACUACAAGGCCUUUUAGUCGUGACACCCGAGGAACGCCUCAGUGCAGCCGAGGCCUUGCGUGGUGCGGACGCUCGGAACAAGACCAGCCACCAUCCAGCAAGAAGCUUCUCCCAAGCUCCUCUCCGCCAACACCAUCUCCUUCUGCUCCACGUCGAAGUACAGCCACCGGACGCCGAAGAAGGCCCGGGAGGAGACAGUGAUCAGGCUGAAGUCGACGACCUGGAGAACGAACCUCCAGAAGUGGAAGCCGUGGAUGCCAUCUUGGACGGCUUCCAACUGCCCCGGCGCCACACGGACGGGGCCGUGGCACUGUCCAUCGGGCGUCGGUGA